AUGUCUCCCAAGUCUUUCACCCUCUCGGCCGCUCUGUGCCUCGUUCUCGCCAUUGGCCCCGCCUCUGUGUUGGCUGCCCCCAAUCUGGACGGUCUUCCUAGUCUCCCUAUUCUCGGUGGUGACCAGACCCACGACGCUGCUCCCACCACUGGUGACAGCGAGCACGAUGCUGGCGCUGGCUACGAUAUUGGCAUCCCCGACGGUCCUGCUGUCAAGUUCGGCGCUGGCACCCACAGCGAGUCUCACGGGCCUUGCGGUCCCGGCGUGAGCAGCGAGAAGGAUGCCGGUGCUGGCUACGAUAUUGGCAUCCCGGGUGGUCCUUAUGUCAAGUUCGGUGCCGGUACCCACGAUGCUCACCAGGCUAUUCCCUGCUCCGAGAUCAUCGAGGUUCCUACAACCACCGCGGUCAUCGUGUUGCCUUCCACCACGGAGGUUCUCGAGAUCCCUCCUACUAGCACUUCUACCUACGUCCCGGUCAUGAUUCCUCCUACCUACACUACUCCCAUCUCGAUUCCCACCGUGACUCCCGUCCCUGUCUACACGCCUCCUGCUCCGGUCCCCAUCCGCUCGACUCCUCUGAUCCAGCACCCGGCUCCCACGUCCGCACCCUCGUCCGUGCCAGUCUUCAAUGCUGGUUCCGCCCUGGCUCCCGGUUCAUCCUUCCUGGCCGCCGCUCUCCCCAUCAUCCUGGGUCUGUUCUACUAA